AUGAGUUACCCUCAGUAUGAGCAACAAUACUCAUACCAGCAAUUUCCUCCAAACAAACCCAAUGCAAGAGAUGAGUCUUACAGAGUAAACUUGGACUUGGAAAAUGCAAAGUACCAAAGACCGCAACCAUCUCAGGAUUUCGAUGAGAGCUUUAAAAUUGAAAAACCAAGGUACAAUGAUUGGCCAUUUACGAUAUUCUUUUUACUAACUGUUGCUGGAUUCAUUGCAGUUGCCGGAAUCACAAUAAAUGCUUUGAGAGUAACUUAUGGCGACCAAGGUUCGGGAAUCUAUGGAGAUUCCGAUUCAUUCACCAUGAACAGGAAUACAGUGAUUUUAUUUGCAUUUGUCUUGGUCUUGUCGAUUGUGCUUGCUGCUUUGGGGAUUCUUUUCAUACGAGCAUAUGCUAAAUUGUUCAUUUAUGUUGCUUGUAUCUUGAAUGUCGUUUUAUCUAUUGGCACUGCCAUCUUCUAUUUUGUUGAACACUACUAUAGCGCAGCAAUUGUGUUUUUGAUUUUUGGUUUAUUUGCAGCUUGGUGUUACUGGGCUUCAAGAAGAAGAAUUCCAUUGAGUGCAACCAUUUUGAGAAUUGUUGUGGAUGUAAUGAAGAUGUAUCCAUCAACUUUGAUAACGGCAUUUAUCGGACUUGUUAUUAGCACCGGGUUUGGCGCAUUGUUUAGCGUGGUUAUCAUUGGAACUUAUGUCAAGUAUAAACCAAAUGAAGACAAUACUGGAUGUUCAGUUGGUGGUGGCUCGUGCAGCCAAGGCAAGCUAGUUGGUGUUUUAGUAUUUGUAUUCUUUGCUGGUUACUACAUUUCAGAAGUUAUCAAGAAUGUUAUUCACGUGGUUAUUGCUGGCAUAUAUGGUACCUGGUACUAUAUGUCAAAUUCCGAUCAAGGAGCUCCAAGACAUCCAGCUUUAUCGUCUUUCAAAAGAGCAAUGACUUAUUGCUUUGGUUCAAUUUGCUUUGGUUCGUUAAUUGUAACGAUUAUACAAUUGAUUCGACAAUUGCUCAAUAUUAUUCGAUCACAAUUUGUUGAUUCUUGGGGAGGACAAUGUGUUUUGCUUAUCAUCAACUUUAUUGUGAGCUUUAUCAAUUGGAUAGUGCAAUACUUCAACAAGUAUGCUUAUUCCUUUGUCGCGCUUUACGGUAAGUCCUACAUAAGAUCAGCAAAGGAUACUUUUGACUUGUUCCGAUUCAAGGGAAUCGAUGUAUUGGUUAACGAUAUGUUUAUCACCAAUGCCUUAAACUUUUACACACUAUUUGUCGCUUACUUGUCAUCAUUAUUGGCCUAUUUAUACUUGAAAUUCACAAAACCUGGCUAUAACGAAAAUGGCGACUACUACGCACCAGUGGUGGCCUUUACAUUUUUGAUAUCAAUGCAAAUUACUAAUAUUACAUUGAGUGUUAUUCAAUCGGGUGUUGCUACAUUCUUUGUCUGUUUAAGUAAAGAUCCAGAAGUGCUACAAAUGUCUCAACGAGCAGAAUUGUUCAAUGAGAUUCAAAAUAAUUACCCAGAGGUUUACCAAAAGAUUACAACUGAUCAUUAA